GCAGAAGGAAAUGAGCCUGUUUCCUGUUUUGGGGAGUUGUCUCCCCUUUCUUCAACCAUACAGCCUUCUUUGGGAUAACUCUGUUUCACGUCACAAUGCUAUGAAAUGUCGGUUAUUCAUUUGGGCAAGAUCUGGAUAGAUCUGCCAAUUUGGAAAGGGAUCGGUUUAGUCAGAACGCCUCACAAUUUUGCAACCCCACAGCCUUCACGAACUUACCAAAAGCGCCCGUCACGCGAGUCCUUGCAUGGGAACGAAAUGGCAUUAUCAUGUUUGAGAAGCAAGCUGGACAUGCCUGAGGGAUCCACUCUGCAAGAGAGGUACCAAGCCUGCAUGAUCCUGAGUGGAGCUGGAGAUGCACUGGCGUACAACCGCGGCGACUGGGAGUUUCAGCCAAAUGGUGAAAAAAUCCAUAAGGAGGUAGCAGCGAAAGGGGGCUUGGAGAACCUGAAUGUCAAGGAGUUUCCGAUUAGUGAUGACACGGUCAUGCACCUUGCAACAGCUGAAGCCUUAGCGGAGACUGGAAAAGACGCAUCAGAAAAAAACUUGUAUGGCACCUUGGUCAAAAAAUACCUAAAGUGCAUGGAUGAUAUGGAGGGAAGGGCCCCAGGUAACACAUGCAUGAGAAGCACUGUCUUUUUAAGGGCAAACCAGGGGGGAGACUGGAGGAUCCCUUUCAACGAAGUUGGUGGGGGCUGUGGGGCUGCCAUGAGGGCCAUGUGUGUGGGCCUGCGCUUCCCUGGGCCCGAGCAAGAGCACCUCCUGGUGGCCGUGAGUGUGGAGAGCGGCCGCAUGACCCACCACCACCCCACGGGCUACCUGGGGGCGCUGGCUGGUGCACUGUUCACAGCCUAUGCGGUGAGGGGCUCACCCCCAGUAGAGGCCUGGGGCCAGGGUCUGAUGAAGGUGCUGGAGAAGGCCAAGGAGUAUGUGCAGCAAGACGGGUAUUGUGUUGAAGAAAACAUGAAACAAUGGGACUACUUUGGGGACAGCUGGAGAAAAUACCUUGAGCAAAGGGGAAUCCUCGAAGGGACUGGAAAAGCCCAGUUUCCAGAUGACUAUGGAGUGACGGCGAGGGAGGUUUUCUACAAGUCAGUCAGCUUCAGGGGAACAGGCGGUGCCAGCGGACAUGACGCACCUAUGAUCGCCUACGACGCACUGCUGCGGGCCGGGGACUCGUGGACUGAGUUGGCCAAUCAUGGCUUCUUCCACGGAGGUGAUAGUGACUCCACUGCCGCCAUUGCUGCUGCCUGGUGGGGUGCCCUCUACGGCUUUCACAACGUGCCCCCCAAAAACUACAAAAAGCUGGAGUACUACAACCGCCUAUUCAAUGUGGCAGAUAAGCUUUACAAGUUGAGGGGUAUGCCACUCUCAUGAUGGCAGGAUUCUGGAUGAUGCUGUAUUAUCUAUUUGUUUGCUUUACCUGUGAAGCCCUUAAGGUUAUACAGUCCCCUCCAAAAGUAUUGGAACACAUGCUAAUGUUAACUAUAAAAUCAUAUUUUGGAAAUUGAUCUUCAUGCCUUAAAUAAUAAUAAUAAAAAAUAUGAGGAAAUAUCCCUACUCUUCGCAGAGAGUCUGGCCUAGCUCCAUUGUCAAACGUUUAUUUCCUGGUUUGUGGACGCUUGUCUGAAGUUUGAAUUCAUUGGAGUUCAAUCGCUAACAUUUGAUAAUGACGUAUGAUGAUAACCACGGGGGACACAAUGAUAACAAUAGGCUUGAAACUUAAAUGUAAUCGCUCUUGGGAACGCCCUCUGUUCGCUGAUUGGGCGGAGAUGCACUUGCCAGAGUAAACGAAGCUCAAUCAAGCUAUACCAGACAGAGAAUGAAGAGAGAUGUACAGUACAGUAAAUGAGCGGAAGUACAGUGCGUAUGUCAGGCGGGGGCCACGGGCCAGGCUAUAUGAAAAGGUCUGUCAUUAGUCAACAUUCAGUAAGUUCAGUCUGAUGCUUCUUAAUGGUUUUUUGUGCGUUCAAACACACACACAGUCAAUGUCCUCAGUCGAAAACAACAAUGUAGCCCCAAUGUA